AUGUCUCUAUCAAAGGUCGAGGACCCAAAGAAAGUGGCCGCCGCUGCUGCUGCUCAACAGAGCGACAACAUAGCCCAUGCUCUGGCGGGUGCUGGUGGUGGCAUACUGUCCAUGGUUCUGACAUACCCACUUAUAACACUCUCAACUCGAGCGCAAGUCGAAUCCAAGCGUGCGCAGUCUUCGACUAUUGAUGCGAUUCGUCGUAUUGUGCAGAGAGAAGGAAUAGUUGGACUUUACUCUGGCCUCGAGUCAGCAUUAUUCGGUAUCAGCGUCACGAACUUUGUCUACUACUACUGGUACGAAUGGACCAGGUCUGCCUUCGAGAAGGCUGCCGAAAAAGCAGGUCGUUCAAAGAAAUUGUCAACACUCGAAUCGAUGAUAGCCGGAGCAAUUGCAGGGAGUGCAACUGUCCUGCUCACAAACCCGAUUUGGGUCGUCAACACCAGAGUGACCGCACGCAAAUCGGCAGAGGAUGAUCAGUCACUGCCAGGAGCUCCCAAGAAGCAGCGGCCGUCUACUUUCGGUACACUUAUGGACCUACUCCAGAAGGAGGGACCCACUGCACUCUUUGCUGGCGUCCUACCUGCACUUGUCUUGGUGAUCAAUCCUAUUCUACAGUAUACCAUCUUCGAGCAGUUGAAAAACAUAGUGGAACGCCGCCGUCGGAUGACACCAAAGGACGCCUUUUACCUCGGUGCCCUUGGCAAGAUUUUGGCGACCUCAAUCACAUACCCAUACAUUACUGUGAAAAGCCGAAUGCAUGUUGCCAGCAAGGAUGGCCCCAAGGAGAGCUUGAACGGAAGCUUAAAGAGAAUCAUAAAGGAAGAGGGCUACACUGGACUGUACAAAGGAAUCGGGCCUAAAGUCACCCAAAGUGCAAUAACUGCCGCUUUCUUGUUUGCCUUCAAAGACGUCCUUUAUGACGCAAUGGCGUCACUUCGGAGGAGUCGCGUCUCAAAAUAGAGAAGUUCUAUGGUGUUUGUAUGAAGAAAUAGAGAUAAUAAUGAAGUUUAAGCGG